AUCCCAGACGAGCCAGAGCAACCUGCAGGAAGAGCUUUAAUAGAGUAUGUUUCAGAUAGAGCAAUCUCAAGACUAAACCCUGCCACUGUUGUAACUUACCAAGCCCUAGAGAUCCUAAUGUGACAUGGCAUGUGAGGACCAUUCGAGAAAUAUGUCAGGAUGAGCUCGGCAGGGAGUUAGCACAAAGAUACUUAAGUGAACUGCAAGCUUUGCAUGGCCACAGUAAAGCAGGCUUUUUCAACCUACUUCAGGGUGAGCUUCAAUCCUUUCAGUCUGACACAAGUCCUGCCCAGACAAAUGAGGCACAUUUGCCCCCAGGGCAGCAAAGCCCUAACCCUUUUACUGAACCCCAGACUAACGAUAGUCAGUAUGGAACCAUGGGUUCUGCACAUAACCCAACGUGUAUGACUGACGACCCAGUCCCAGAUAACAAUCAACAUGAAAAUUCAGGGAGACGUCCAGCUAGUUUCUCACCUGGCGUCCCUCCCUCAAUCAGAUCCAUUAACCCUCCACUCAUUGAUGAGAGCAUGUUUAACCCUCCACACAUUCAAAAAGUAGUGGUUGAACACAUAAUGCGCAGUGAGCCACAGCCACCCAGCUACAGUCAGAGCAGAAUACGGACAUUCUCCGGCAAGUCUCCUAAACCAAAUGGUGAAGUCGAUUAUGAAGCCUGGCGUACACAAGUUGAGCUUCUCCUUGGUGACGUCUCAGUCUCUGAAAAUCAAAAGCUAAGGAGGAUAUUGGAGAGUCUACUUAGCCCUGCUACUGACAUUUUUAAGCCCCUUGGCACUGGUUCACCCCUCCGUUCAUAUCUUGAUCAGCUUGAAGCUGCUUUUGGAGUGGUAGAAUAUGGGGAGGAGCUUUUUGCCUCCUUCUUGAGCUCCAAUCAGAACACUGGAGAAAAACCCUCCAUGUACUUGAACAGGCUUAAUGUUUCUCUCACCAAGGCCAUUCUGAGAGGGGGAGUCAACGCCAAAGAUUCAAACAAACAUCUACUUCGACAGUUUUGCAGAGGUUGCUGGGACCAAAGCUUGAUUGUAAGUCUUCAGCUUGAGCAUCAAAAGAGUAGCCCACCAUCCUUUUCUGAGUUGCUCCUUCUGCUCCGGGCAGAGGAAGAUCGACGCUCUGCAAAACUCGAAAGAAUGAAAAAACACUUAGGAAAUGCAAAAGCUGUUUCACACAUGCACUCAGUCUUUGACGUGCCAAGCUAUGAUCCUGAUUCAGAUGUUGCUAUUCCAAAGAAACCAGACAACACACAAAAGUUAGAGAAAGAGGUUGCUGAGCUAAGAAUACAAGUAGCAUCACUGAAUCAGAAAGCUAAAUGGGAAUCAAGAAAAACUGACACCAACAGCAGCCCCAUUAGAGACAAAAGCUAUGACUGUCUUAUUGCAAGCUCAGUAAACCCCCACCCAGUCGCAAAGGCUUCUAGCUAUCCAAAGCCAUGUUUCUGCUUCAAAUGUGGCCAGGACGGUCACAUAGCGGUUAACUGUGAUAAUGAAUCAAACCCGGCUCUUGUCCGCAAAAAGAACUCUGAACUCAGAGUCAGGCGUGAGAAAUAUCAAUCAAAACAGGAAGCUCCCCAGCAGGCUUUAAACUUCUAGCAGCUCCUGCUGUGGGACAACUGGGAGCUGAUAACAAAGAUUUGACAAGUCCCAUGAUAAUGACACAUAACUCGCGUAAGAAACCCAGACUCCCAAGAUCAGACAGCAAAGCCAACUCUAACUUACCUAAUGGUCUUAUUGGUCCGCGCUAUGCUGCAACAGUCUUAAUUGAAGGUGUACAGUGUGAGUCCAUCUUAGACACAGGGUCACAGGUCACGACCAUCUCUGAAACAUUCCAUGCCUCAUAUCUGUCAUCC